CAGGAAGUUUUUUCCUCCUCUCCUCCUUUGUUUUUCCUGUUCACAUGGGCGGGUGUGAAUCCCACCUUGGCGUGGCUUCUCCCUCGCCGCCUUCAAACAAUCGGCGCUGAAUGACUGAAACUGCGGAAACCCAGCAGAACUACGAGGAGAUGUUCGCACACAGGUUCUCCUCGGAGGAUCAGGAGUACCAGGAGUACCUAAACCGUCCUGCAGACCGCCCUCCCAUCGUGGAGGACUGGAGUGGUCGUGGGGGAGGAAACCAGAGGGGCAGGGAUAACAGGUACCAUGACCGUGGUCACAGAGGACGUGGAUGGGGAGGAGACCGCGGUUGGAGACGAGAUGAUCGUGGACAGCAACAUUGGCAUGACAGAAACCGAGACAGAGAGCGAGACAGAGACCGGCACUGGGGUCAUGGAAGUGGGUCUUAUUCAGGGCGGCCAAGCUCCAACCAGGGAUACAACUUCUCCCAUCAGAGACCACAUCAUGAUCGCUACUGAUCUCUUUUGUAAUCUCUCAGGUGUUACAAGCGUUUAAAGUAUUUGUAGUCUUUCAGCUCACAUUGUAGUACUAUAUGCAGGAGUGUGCAACUAAUAUUUCUUUCAGUGAUUCAAGAUGCAUAUAUAAGCCAGGAUGAGCAAUGUAUAAACUAAAAAGUCUUUUGUGUUUAUCAUUUUAUUUGUGAUGCACUGAUUUUUACUCUCCAAAUUAAAAUUCCUGGCAGGUAAAUGGGACUGUGUAAAUCUGCUGCUUUUCUGUUGGACUUCCACUUAGCCUCCUCCUCCCCCCCCUUCGUCAUACCUAACCACAGUAAUGUUUUCCCAUGUUAUUUCACACUGCUCAGCCCUGUUGUCAUAUUUGGAUGUCUUAACAGGAGAUAGAUUUGCAGUAUUCUGCAGUGGAGCUCACACUGACACUGAAAAUGACUGUUUCUCUCGGGUUUGUGGGCUGCCGUAUAAUUUCAUUAGCACAUUAUUGCUCUGAAAUUUCACAGGAGCAUUGUUUUGUUUAUUUUCUGCUACUGUUUUAUAUGCUUUGGUAUAAAAUUGUGUGGUACAGUGUUGUAACAAACACUAAACCAGAAUUUGCAGGGAAAACGUGUAAGCAACACAGCUUCAGUUUUCUGUGUCAGAAUGUUAUGCAAGGACAUGUAGACUUAAGAACUAAUCUGCUGUCAAUAAACUUGUACUUUUUUUUUUUUUUUUUUUUUUUUAAACAGAUUUCUGGAGGGGGGGGGGGGGGGUUGAGUUAUGUAGUUUGAUAUUUUUUUUUAUUUUUAAAGUCUGUUCCCAGCAGAAACAUAGCUGCUAAUAAUUUAUUGGAGAUAAUUUGUAGGGCUGUGUCUAAAAGUUCAAACAUUGAUAAGAAGAUCAGAUAUUGGCCUUUGGUCUGUUCGCAUUAAACAUAUUUCCUUUUUCUACUGUA